AUUUUAUGCAGCAUACGGAAUAAUCAGAAAUGACUCCUGUAAUGCAUAUGAUGGAUAUGAGGAUGUAUAUGAUUAUAAAUUGGGAUUAUAAGGUUCGAUUUGUAUUUAAUACGUAAAUGUUAAUACAUUACUUUUAGGUGGAAAUCGACUACAGAAGGGGAAUUUGUGGCUGGACUGUUUAUUACGAUGUUUUUCUGUGUCUUCCUAUGCUUACUUCCAGUUCUCAAAGGGUUUGCAGAUAGAUAGAAGUAUGCAUUCACAUAAUUAGAUCUUUAUUUUUGAAGAUUGCAUGGUAAUUACUAGCUGCAACACAAUCAUCAAUAACGAUGUUUCUAUUAAUGACAGUGAAUGGUAAUUAUUAAUGAAACAAUAAAAGGUUGGGUGUUUUUGAUGAUGGCCUUAGGUUUCGGAAUAGGAAAUUUUAUAUUCUAUCCUAAAAUGCCCAUAAGUGAAAAGCAUAAACUAGAAGAUGAAAAGCAGGAAUUAAUAAGAGAAAAUUGAUUUAUUAAGUACAAAUUUAAACCUAUUAAUCCUAAACAAC